AAAGUGUCCUCAAUCGAAUCGAUCGCGGAGCUUGGGAUGCUUGGGUUUCGAAGGGGAUAUCGGUUCUAAAUGACCUUUUUAAAGUCAUAGACGUGGCCUUUUCGAAUAUUAUACCGUUGUUUUAAAUUUGCCGUAUUUUCCUUUUCAUCUCCCUCGCAUCAGUGCUGCAAUUCAAGUGCAAAGAGCCUCACCAGUACAUUGCUUGCAGCUUUGUAUACCUUGAUGAAUUGCUAACGAAUAACCGGUUUCUACGUCACUUUUUACGAUUGCUUAUGUAUCCAUAUUAGAUCAAUACCUUGUCGCUCCAGAUGGCUCCGCCUGGCCGCCGACGCAAUAGUAGGGGGUUCUCCCUCCUCUACCUACUUCCAACAAUUUUCGUCUCAGUCCUUAUAGCAUCAUUUCCAAGCACAGCUUCUGCAGUCGGUACAGGCGUGAUAGGAAUCGACCUUGGCACCGAAUAUAUCAAAGCCGCGGUAGUGAAAGCGGGCGUACCGCUCGAGAUUGUCUUAACAAAAGAUUCGAAGCGAAAAGAGCGUUCGGCAGUGGCAUUUAAACCUGCGCGGGAAAGCGGGGCUGCGUUUCCAGAGAGAUUUUAUGGAAGUGACGCCGUUGCUCUUGCGCCUAGAUUCCCCAAUGACGUGUACCUCAACUUGAAGGCUCUCCUGGGUGUCCCGUUUGACACCGGAGUCCAGGGCUCUGAUGGUGGCCUACAAAAUAUGGUUUCCUUAUUCAAAGAACGAUAUCCAGGAGUUAAGCUUGAACCAGAUUCCCAUGACCGGGUUGGCAUCAGGAGUGAGAGACUCAACAAAGCAGAAGGCAAAGAGCCAUUCCUCGUGGAAGAACUGUUGGCGAUGCAGUUAAAUCAGAUUAGAGCAAAUGCAGAAGAAAUGGGUGCCCAGCGGACAGACUUGGAGGAUGCGGUUAUCACCAUCCCUCCAUUCUUUUCUGCUGAAGAGAGGCGAAGCGUACAGUUUGCCGCAGAAUUGGCCGGUUUAAAUGUCCUUUCCUUACUCACAGAUGGAACGUCUGUUGCCGUCAACUAUGCUACUAGCCGCACGUUCCCUAACGCGACGAAUGGUGAAAAGCCUGAGCAUCACGUUGUGUUCGAUAUGGGAGCUGGUUCGACCAGUGCCACAGUCCUCAAGUUCCAGAGCCGUACUGUCAAGGAUUUUGGCAAAUGGUCCAAAAGCUUCCAAGAAAUACAUGCUGUCGGAGUUGGAUGGGACAAAACCCUUGGAGGUGACGCCUUGAACGAACUAAUCGUUGAUGAUAUGGUUUCCAAGCUAGUUGAAUCCAAGAAGUUGAAAGACGGAACAACUACAGAGCAGGUAAAAGCUCAUGGAAAGACCAUGGCAAAGCUAUGGAAAGAAGCGGAAAGACUUCGUCAAAUUCUAAGUGCCAACACAGAAACCUCUGGCUCCUUUGAAGGCUUGUACGAGGAAGAUGUUAACUUCAAGUAUUCCAUUUCACGAUCCACCUUUGAAGAGUUGGCAAAGAAUCAUGCCGACCGCAUUUCUAAACCUCUCAUGGAUGCUCUUGCUAUGGCCAAACUUACAUUGGAUGACAUCGGCUCUAUUAUUCUUCACGGAGGUGCCAUCCGAACUCCCUUCGUGCAGAAGCAACUUGAGCAGGUUUGCAACGAUGCAGGCAAGCUUAGAACAAAUGUUAAUGCCGAUGAAGCCGCUGCUCUUGGAGCCGCAUUUAAAGGUGCUGCCCUGAGCCGUUCCUUCAGAGUAAAGGAGAUUAAGACGCACGACAUCCCAGGCUACGGAGCGUCUAUCAAGUUUGUAACCGGGGGAAAGGAAAGGAAGCAGAAGGCCUUUCUUCCGACUUCGCAGAUCGGCCAGGAAAAAAUCACGAUUAUCAAAAAUUUGAACGAUUUCGAAUUGGACUUUACCCAAGAACACCUUCGCGAUAACGAAACGAUCGACUACCCGGUCUUCCAUGCGAGAACAACAAACCUUACACUAGCACUAGCUGAACUGAAGGACAAGUUUGGGUGCGCGGCCGAAAAUAUCACCAUCUGGUUCGGAAUGCAACUCAACCCUGUUAACGCGAUUCCUGAGAUUACUCGCGGCUCAGCGAGCUGCGAGGUUGAGGAAGAAGUAAAAAAAAGUGUUGUCGAAAAAGCCAAGGAAUUCUUAGGCUUCGACUCCAAGAAGAGCCAACAGCCUCUCAAAGAUGAUUCGAACAAAGAGCCGACAAGCGAAUCGAGCACUGCCUCAUCUUCCCCCAACACGGCUUCCAGCGAGAGUGUCGAAUCCCCUACCACAUCCUCAAGUACGAGUUCUGAAACCGCAACAGAAUCUCCCUCGGCCGAAUCUAAUGUGAUAGUGGAAGGACCGGAGCAACCACGGAACUUCCGGGUCGAAACCUCAAUCAUUGGCUUCGAAUUUGCCCCACUGGGCAUCCCCAGGCCAUCAAAAGAGGAGAUGAACCGGAUUCAAAGCCGACUAGCGGCUUUUGACGCUUCAGACCUUGCUCGCAUUCAACGCGAAGAGACUUUGAACAGUCUGGAAGCCUUUAUUUACCGCGCUCGUGAUUUACUCGAUGAUGGAGAAUUUGUGAAGGCGAUCACCAACGAUGCCUUGGAGAAAUUGAAGCAGAGUCUCCAUGAAAUCAGUGACUGGCUAUAUGCAGAUGGAUCUGAUGCUCCGACCCCGGACUUGAAGGCGAAGCUGGAUAGUUUGAAACAGCUAGUUGACCCGGCUUUGGAUCGAAAGAGUGAGAAUGCCCAGCGUCCGGCGAAACUUGAGAGCCUAAAGCAGAAUCUCAAGAGCACGAAGAUGUUUAUGGAGGUGAUGGACAAACAGAUUAAAGCGGAAGAAAGCGCUUUUUCUGCAUCUACGUCAAAAACGUCAUCGCCAUCGCCAAGCGAAACCUCAAGUACUAUCAUUUCCAGCAGUGAGGAAUCUUCCGUCAACGAUUCGUCUUCUUCUACUACUUCCACCUCUACCUCGACGUCUUCUUCACAGCCUACCCCAACUUAUUCUACCUACACCCCCGUCGAUCUAUCUAUCCUUUCUGAGACUCACGACAGGAUUGAGAAGUGGCUUGAUGAGAAAAUGAAGCUCCAAGAGAAGCUAUCUGACUCUGAUACCCCCGCAAUCACCAUCGCCGAUAUGGAAGCUAAACUUGCAGAAUUGCAGAGGGCAUUGAAUAGAGUCAUGGAAAAGAUGACACGAAAGGCCAAGACCGGGGGAGGAUCUGGAGGGAGUAAAAAACAAGGCAAAAAGAACGGAAAAAAGAACAAGGGGAAGGAAAAGGAGAAGUCAAAGACUAAGGGCGAAGAGAAGGAGGAGAAGGAGACUAAGAAAACCGAUGGCAAGAAGGGAACGACAACGAGCAACAAGGAUGAAUUAUAA